AUUUUAAUAAUCCUUAUAAUCAUGUACCUCUAACUCCUUCUACCCCCCUGAACAAUUACACCAGCGUAUCUCUCGUGUCCUCCACGCAGCUCCGGUUUCUCUCUGCAGCCUCCACUGGCUUUUAAUCCAAUUCCGUUUUCCCUGAGAAAUUCAAUAUUCGCUAUCUCAUAUAUAAAAUUCGAAUACUCGAAUUCAAAAUUUUGUUUCGAAUACUCUCCUCGCCUUUUCUUCUUACUGUGCCCUUUCCAACAACAAAAAAAGCGGCAACGAACGUCUGAUUUUUUGGUAUCUACCUCUUCAUUACCUCAAUUCGGAUUUUAGGGUUUACAGUUUCACUCAAACCAUUAAAAUCGAAUUGAACGAUUAUUCACUCAUUCAAAAUUGAAGUGUAUCUAGUUCAAUUCAUAUGCAUUAGAUUCAAUUUUUUUUCGUGUCUGACGUGGAAUUAGGGUUUCGAAUCGAGUUCUCAGACGAUGAUAAUAAAACAAUUUAUGAAAGGCGAAAUGCGGCGGUGCAACAUGGGAGACGUCACACUUAACGAACUCGACGAGGAGGAGAAUUUUGAAUAUGAAUUGAUUCCUAAGAAGCGAAAGUUGAAUGGAUACAAUUCAAAUCCAAUGGGUAUGCAUAGUGAAUUUGAUAAUUUUAGCAGUGGUCCAGGUUCUUUUUGCAGCGUAGGAUCGUACUGGGUUAAUGAGGUUCAGUCUUACUCGAAGAAGAGAUUGAAGAACCAGAGCUUGCCGAGCUCUCGAAAGCCGAUAUCAAGAUCUUAUCGAGGGCGAGUGCAAAUACUUCCUUCGAGGUUUAACGAUUCGGUUGCGGAUAUAUGGAAAAACGAGGAAUGUAGAAUUGAUGACACUGAUUCGGAAAUAGGGGAUGAUGAAUUUGUACAUAGCGAGGAUUUGUAUAGUGAAAAAUAUAGAUAUAAUAGUAAAUUUGGUUUCGGAAGCUCUCAUUCCUAUCCAUUUUAUGGCAUUGAAGGGGAUGGAGAAGUGGGUCAGUUAGGGUGUAGCAAUUUUCAGUAUAGAAAAGGUAGCAAUAAAAAGUUUUUGAGUUCGGGUAAUCCAUUGAUAGAAGACGGAGUUGUGCCAAGAUAUGGGUAUACAGGUUUGGAUAAAUUGAGAAGAGAAAGAGCUAAAAAAAAGAAGGAUGUUUACAGACCAGAGGAUUUUGCUUUGGGUGAUAUAGUUUGGGCUAAAUGCGGGAAGAGAUACCCAUGGUGGCCAGCAGUUGUGAUUGAUCCCAUCCUGAAAGCUCCUGAUGCGGUGCUCAGUUGUUGUGUUCCUGGUGCUCUUUGUGUUAUGUUUUAUGGAUACUCUAAAAAUGGAACGCAAAGGGACUAUGCAUGGGUGAAACAGGGGAUGAUAUUCCCUUUUGCUGAAUUCAUGGACAGAUUUCAGGUGCAGACUCAAAUGUUCAAGUGCAAGCUGAGUGAUUUUCAGGCGGCACUAGAAGAGGCAAUUUUAGCAGAAAGUGCAGGCAUUGGCAGCAUCAGUGCGGAAAUACCAUAUCCCGAAGCUUAUCCCACCCGACUCCAGGAAGCUAGCUGUUCAAGUCAGGAUCUGGAUUUCUACACUCAACAACAGGAUGCAUGCUACAAGGAAAUGAGAUGCUGUGAUGGCUGCAAUCUAAUAUUGCCAUGCAAAACUUUGAAGAAAAGGAAAAGAUCAACAUUUCAAAGUGAAAUUUUAUGCAAACAUUGUGCCAAGUUAAGAAAAUCAAAGCAAUAUUGUGGCAUAUGCAAGAAGACCUGGCAUCAUUCAGAUGGUGGGAACUGGGUAUGCUGUGAUGGCUGUAAUGUUUGGGUGCAUGCUGAGUGUGACAACAUUUCCAGCAAACUUUUCAAGGAUUUGAAGGAUAUUGAUUAUUACUGCCCUGACUGCGAAGUAAAGUUUAAAUUUGCACAACCAGAUUUAGAGAGAAGAAAGCCUCCGGUCAAGUCAAUAGGAAACAGCAGACAGGCUGUACCACUAGACAAGGUAACAGUUAUCUGCAAUGGGAUGGAAGGAACAUACAUUCCAAAACUUCAUUUAAUUGAGUGCAACUGUGGUUCAUGUGGGUCACGGAAACAAGCACCAAGUGAAUGGGAAAAGCAUACUGGGUGUAGAGCUAAAAAGUGGAAGCACAGUGUGAAAAUCAAAGACACAAUAUUACCACUAGCACAAUGGAUUGCUGAAUAUAAUGCAAGUGUAGAUCCUCUAAAGUUAGAUAAGCAGAUGCUACUUGCUUUGUUGGAAGAGAAGUAUGAACCUAUAUAUGCAAAAUGGAUAUCAGAAAGAUGUGCUGUUUGUAGAUGGGUUGAAGAUUGGGAUGAUAACAAAAUUAUGAUAUGUAACAGGUGUCAAAUAGCUGUCCACCAAGAAUGCUAUGGGGUAAGGAAUGUUCAGGAUUUUGCUUCAUGGGUGUGCAGAGCUUGUGAAAUUCCUGAUGUUGAGAAGGAGUGCUGCCUUUGCCCUGUAAAAGGUGGUGCUCUCAAGCCAAGUGAUAUUGAAACACUGUGGGUUCACAUCAUAUGUGCUUGGUUUCGACCUGAAGUUGGUUUCUUGAACCAUGAAAAAAUGGAACCUGCCACUGGAAUUCUUAGAAUUCCAUCGAUGUCGUUUAUGAAGAGGUGUGUUGUCUGUAAGCAAACCCAUGGUUCAUGUGCCCAGUGUUGCAAGUGUGCCACCUAUUUUCAUGCAACGUGUGCCUCAAGAGCAGGAUAUUUCAUGGAAUUGAACUGCACAGAGAAGAAUGGUGUGCAAGUCACAGAAAAGCUAAUAUAUUGUGCUGUUCACAGGAAGCCAAACCCAGAUUAUGCUGUAGUCGUGCGUACACCUUCGGGAGUUUUCUCUGGCAGAAGUUUGCUUCAGAAUCAGAAUGGGUGCUUGAGGGGUUCAAGGUUGGUUUCAUCUAAGAGAGUGGAGCUUCCAGAACCCUCAACCACAGGGAGUAAUGAAUUUGAACCUCUCUCUGCUGCAAAGUGCCGUUUUUUUAAAAGAACAAACCAUAAGUGGUCUGAAGGAGAGCCAAUAUUCCAUCGAUUGAUGGGACCAAGACAUCAUCCUUUAUGUUCAAUUAUUAACCUGAGCACCUAUAAACAGGAAACUGAAGAUUCUACAGUUUUCUCUUCAUUUAAAGAACGCCUUUACCAUUUACAGAAAACUGAAAAUCAUCGGGUGUGUUUUGGUAAAUCUGGUAUACAUGGAUGGGGCCUCUUUGCCCGCAGAAAUAUUCAAGAAGGAGAAAUGGUCAUUGAGUAUUGUGGAGAGAAGGUAAGGCGGAGUGUUGCUGAUCUGAGAGAGGCACGGUACCGUCUAGAAGGCAAGGAUUGCUAUCUGUUCAAAAUCAGUGAGGAAGUUGUAAUUGAUGCAACAAAUAAGGGGAAUAUAGCACGAUUAAUCAAUCAUUCGUGUAUGCCCAAUUGUUAUGCAAGGAUUAUGAGUGUGGGUGAUGUGGAGAAUCGGAUUGUUCUCAUUGCCAAGACGAAUGUCUCUGCUGGUGACGAGCUAACGUAUGAUUACUUGUUUGAUCCAGAUGAGCAUGAUGAGCUGAAAGUUCCUUGCCUCUGUAAAGCUCCUAAUUGUCGGAAGUUCAUGAAUUAAGGCUAGCCAUUUUCACUUUCCGAUGUACUGCAUGAAUGCAUCAGACUCAUUCUAACCUGCAAUGAACCUGUAAUCUAAUUCAUUUAUUUACUCUGACAACUAUCCAAUCUUUUGUAGCUAUAAAAUGUAAAUUCACAGGCAGUUUGGCUGGUGGCCUUUCUUUUUCCUCAACAGUUGCUGUUAAAUUUUCCGCAUUGCAACAUUAAAACAUUCAUUAUCUGGUUUCAAGUUUCAAC